AUGUCAACUUCAACACCACAAUUUCAAAUUAUUUCAACAACAAAAGUUGGGAGUAUUCCAUUUGUUACAAUUGAUAAUUAUGAAAAAUAUUUAAAAGAAGUUAAUACAUUUUUAUUUUGUUAUAGAGAUUUGUAUGAAGCACAAGAAUUUAUAUUAAAAUAUGGGAAGGGAUAUAAAAAAUAUUUUAUGAUGCCAGAACAAAGUCAUCAUAUUCUCAGUAUGUCAUUAACAGAAAAAAUUGAUGAUAGUUGUAAUAAAUUAACUAAAGCAGAAUUUAAUAUUACAACAAGAGGUGGAUAUAGACCAUUAACUAUUCAACAAGUUAUAAAUUUUUCAAAUCAAAGUGGUUUUGAUAAAAUUGAAGGGUUUUGUUAUUCUCCUUUAGAGAAAAGAAAAACAAGUAAAAAGAUGAAACAACAACGUCAAAUUGUUAUAAAAAAAUUAAAAGAAAUGAUUGAAGAAAAAACAAAAAAAGGUCUUACAAUUGAAAUUAUUGCAUCUAUUGGAUUAACUGGAUUAGAUGAUGAUAUUCAGUAUGUCAAAGAUAUAAUUCAAACUGGAAUUCAUGAAAUUGUAUUUGAUUGUGAAUAUAUUGAAGAUAAAGAUAAAAUAUUAGAUUUUAUUCAAAAUAUAAAAGAUUUAUGUAAUAAUAUUAAAAUGUAUGUGAAAUUAUAUUCAUUUAAUCUUUCUCAAAUUAUUCAAGCAGCUUUAAUGAAUGUUUCUAUUUGGACAAAUUCUAUUAAUGAGUUUACUCUUCAUGGGCAAGCAUUUGUUUUCCCUUUAUCAAUCAAUCAAAAUAAUAAUAUUACUUCUAUAGACUUAUAUAAUACUUGUUAUAAAGAUGUAGUCAAUGAUGUUUGUGUGAAUGGUUGUGAAUGUUUCUCUUGUAAAUCAAAUCAAUCCCGUGCAUAUAUACAUCAUUUAUUAUUAUGUCAUGAAUUAACUGGAACAACAUUACUUUCUCUUCAUAAUUUCCAUUAUAUUCACAAAUUAGAACAACUUAUUAAUUCUCUGUUACUUAAUGAUCGUUCAAAAUUACAACAACUAGCUGACUUUUAUAAUUCACUUAUACCUCCUCCUGAAUUCCAAAAAGUUAAACUUUAUGCUGAUCAUAGAACUAAAGAAAAUGAGGAUGAUGAUUGA